AGAGGUAUACGCAGCGGAAAGCAGUCAGUUCUUGCUUCAUUGAUAAUUUGGUAUCCUGAACAAAGACAGCAGCCAGUUGCAAGAAUGAAUUUUCUAGAGCUAAUCGGCGAGAAAAUUCUCGAUUGCGUGCUUGCAGCACUGGGACGUAACUUGGAUUAUCUGAUUCACUACAAAAGUAAUGUUGAUAAUCUCAUACCCCAAGUUAUAUAUCUACUGGAUGCCAAGGAUAGUAUACAAAAUGAAGUUGCGGCUGCUAGAAGAAAUUUAAUGGAAAUUCAUCCUCAUGUUCAGACAUGGCUUACCCGUUCUGAUGGGAUCAUAGCAGAGGCAGAGGAAUUCAUUAGAAAUAACGGGCAGGCAAAGAUGACGUGCUGCAAUGGGUGGUGUCCUAACUUGAAGUCCCGUUAUCAAGUGAGCAAGAGAGCAAUUGAGAUAGGAUUGAAAGUCAAGGAAAUCAAGGACGAGGGAAAGUUCGAUAGAGUCGGCUAUCGUAAGUCUCCACAAGCGGUAGGGACUGCUACAUCGAAUACAGGGUAUGAGGCCUUUGAAUCAAGAAUGCAAACAUUAACUGGAGUUCUUGAAGCGCUCAAAGAUCCUAAGAUCACUAGGAUUGGGGUUUACGGGAUGGGAGGUGUGGGCAAAACCAUGCUAGCCAAAGAAGUUGUAAAACAAGCUCAGAAAGACCAGUUGUUUGACAAGUACCUUUUUUUAGUUGUAUCCAAAGAUCCAGUCUUGAAAAAUAUUCAAAGGGAAAUGGCGGAGCGAUUAGGUCUAAAACUUGAGGUGGAGAGUGAAUCUGUAAGAGGAGAUCAACUACGUGAGCGAUUGAAACAAGAGAAGAAGACCCUUAUAAUUAUAGAUGACAUUUGGGAGGCCCUGAACUUGGAAUAUCUUGGGAUUUCCUUUGGAGAUGAUCAGAAGGGGUGCAAAUUAUUGUUGACGUCAAGAUUUUAUAAUGUUCUAUGCAAUGAUAUGGAUACCCAAAAGCAGAUCCCAGUUGAAGUUUUAUUGAAAAAUGAAGCGAGAAACUUGUUUGAGAAAAUAGUUGGUGAUUUAGCCAAAAGGCCUGAAAUCCAACCUAAUAUGCUUAAAAUUGUCGAAGAAUGUUCUGGAUUACCAAUUGCCAUUAAAACAGUUGCAAAUACCUUGAAAAAUGAGAAAGAUAUAAAAGUUUGGGAGGAUGCAGUCAACAUGUUCAAAAUGUCUGAGCCAAUAAAGAUCGCUGGAAUGGAUGAAAAGGUGUACAAGAGUAUAAAGUGGAGUUGCGAGUUUUUGAAAAGUAAUGAAGCAAAGUCAUUAUGGUUGCUUUGUAGUCUACAUAGAGAGGAUUACAACAUAAAAGUAGAAGACUUGAUAAAAUAUGGUGUGGGUUUGAGCUUGUUUGGUAACCUUGACAAAAUAGAGGUUGCGAGAGGUAGGGUGCACACAUUGGUUAAAAGACUCAAAGAUUCUAGCUUGUUGUUGGAAGGUGAUUACAAUGGUACAGUCAAAAUGCAUGAUGUAAUUCGUGAUGUAGCAAUUAAUAUUGCAGCUGAAGAAAAGCAGAUGUUUAUGAUAAGAAAUACUACUGACUUGCAAGAACGUUUAAAUUGUGAAGAUUCACGUGCAAUUUCAUUGCCUUACAUUGAUGAUUGUGACCUUCCUAAAAGGUUUGAAUGUCCGAAUCUUCAUUUAUUUUUUAUGUUCGAUCAAAAAGAGACUUUGGGAAUUCCAAUCUCAUUUUUUGAAGGGUUGAAAGAGCUCAGAGUUUUAAGCUUAUCUCAAACAUGGUUUGAGAUACUUCCUUCAUCACAUUUGUCACUUGAAAAACUCCGAACAUUAACUUUAAAAGGUACAGUGAAGGAUGUAACAAUAAUUGGAGAACUGAAGAAUUUGAAAAUUCUUAGCCUUUCAUUGAAAAUUUUUGAACAAUUACCAAAAGAAAUAGGGCAUUUAACUCACCUUCAAUUGCUAGAUUUGGAAGAAUGUUCCGAUCUUAAAGUCAUUCCACCCAAUGUGUUAUCUAAUAUGAAGAUUUUACAAGAAUUAUACCUACCGAGAACUGUUGAAUGGGAGGUUGAAGAACAAAGCACAGAAAGAAGUAAUGCUAUGGUCUCAGAAUUGGACAAUUUGUAUCACCUGAUCAUGUUACACGUACAUAUUCAGAAUUCCAAGAUUUUACCAAAAGCCAUGGUUUUUGAAAGGUUGGUAAGCUAUAGAAUAGCCAUAGGCAGUUACUUCUACGGAGGAGAAAUGUUAGAUGCUUCAAGAAUUUUAAAGCUCAAUAUAAGCCUUCAAUCUGACGAUGGGUAUAAAGUAUUAUUGAGGAAAUGUGAAGCUCUCUUUUUGCGUGAAAUGAAGGGUGUCAAAAAUAUUCUUUACGAAUUAGAUUCGGAAGGUUUUCAAAGUUUGAAGCAUCUCACAGUCCAAGGCAAUGACGAGAUUCAGUAUAUUAUCAAGUCUAUGGGGGUUCUCGGUUCUGUCUUUCCAAUCUUGGAGUCAAUUAAUCUAAGCAAUAUGAUCAAUUUGAAACGGAUAUGCAACACUCGACUUCCAGCGGAGUCUUUUCGUAACUUGCGAGUGGUAAAAGUGAGUAAAUGUUGUAAUUUGGAAUUUGUCUUCUCCUCAUCUAUGUUUGGAUGCUUUUCACACCUCCAAGAAAUGGAGAUAGAUGAUUGUAAGAAAAUGAGCGAAAUAAUUGCAAUAGAAAGAAAAGAAGAAAUAGAGGUUAAUAGUGACGACAACAUUAUGUUCGCACAACUUCAUUCUCUCACUAUGAGCAAAUUACUAAAGUUGAAGGGCUUCUUUUCUGAUGAUGAAUAUCUAGUGCUUUUCAACAGAAAGGUUGUCUUUCCAAACUUGGAGGAAUUGGAAAUAGAGGGGAUGGAUAGCAUGAAGAUGAUUUGGCCUGACCAACUCAUUUUAGAUUCCUUUUGCAAACUGGAAAAUUUGACUGUUUCAAAGUUCACCAAUCUUACAAAUAUUCUUCCACCCAAUAUGCCGAGAACACUCCAGAAUCUAAAACGUUUGAAGAUAGAUAGUUGUGGCUCCAUAGAAGAGGUAUUUGAGAUCCAACGGACAAACAAUGUUGAAGAAACACAUGAUAUAGCAGCCACUGAACUUAGAUCCUUAGAAUUAGUAAAUCUAGGAAAAUUGAAGCACGUGUGGAGUAUGGAUCCUCAAGGAAUAAUCACCUUUGGGAAAUUAAAUACUGUCUAUAUUUAUGGUUGUUCCAGUCUAAAAAGUGUUUUUCCAACAUCUGUGGCGAAGGCUCUUAUGCAACUUGAGAUGCUAAAGAUAGAUGAUUGUGCAACGGUGGAGCAAAUCAUAGCAAAAGAAGAAGGAAUAGAGACAACCACUUUGUUUGUAUUCCCACGGUUAUUCUCUCUAAAUCUUGGAAGUUUGCCUGAGCUCAAAAGUUUUUAUCCAGGAAAGCAUACUUCAGAGUGGCCGUUGUUGAACCGGUUGACCAUUUAUGAAUGCGACAAACUGAAAAUAUUUGGUUCCAAUAAGGAAAGCGUCGAAGAAACAAAUGGGCUGGACCAUGAUGUUAGUGUAAUUCAACAAUGCUUCUUUUCCAGCGAAAAGGAUAAAUUCCCGAACUUGGAAAUAUUGUCAUUGGAUGAGGGCGAUGCCAUGAAUGAGACAUGUGGCGGACCGUCAGCAGAAUUCUAUUGCAACCUAAAAGAGCUGUGGUUGUACGGAAACGGUGAAAUUCCAAAUGUAGAGGCUCCAAUUGCAAGAGCAGGAGUAUCAGAUAUUCGCAGAUUAAAGAAUAUUGUGCCAUUCUCAUCCACAUCUUUCCACUACUUAAGGGAAUUGAGAGUAAGGAGAUCUAAUGUAUUGAUUAGUUUAUUAACUCCCUCAACAGCCAGAACUCUCGUGCAACUCCAAUGGAUUGACAUUAUGGAUUGCAAAAGAAUGACAGAAAUAGUUGCAAAUGAGGGAAGUGAAGCAGAAGCAGGAGAUGAGAUCGCUUUCAAUAAUUUGACACUCUUGCAGUUAGAUAACUUGCCGAGUCUCACAGCCUUCCAUUUGGGGAAUCGCACAAUCAAAUUCCCAUCAUUGGAUGAAGUAGCUGUGUGGAAUUGUCCUAAAUUGAUUAGUUUAUUAACUCUCUCAACAGCCAGAACUCUCGUGCAACUCCGAAAGAUUGAAAUUGAGAAUUGCGAAAGAAUGACAGAAAUAGUUGCAAAUCAGGGAAGUGAAGCAGAAGCAGGAGAUGAGAUCACUUUCAAUAAUUUGACAUCUUUGCGAUUAAAAAACUUGCCGAGUCUCACAGCCUUCCAUUUGGGGAAUCGCAUCAUCAAAUUCCCAUCAUUGGAUGAAGUAAUGGUGGAGAACUGUCCUAAAUUGAAGAUUUUCUGUAGUGGAGUCUUAAGCACGCCAAAGCUAACAUGGGUUUGGAUGGAAGGAAAUCUAAGAGUUAAAAAGGAGGGGGAUGGAGAUGGAGAUCUUAACACUACAAUAAAAGAGUAUUGGGAGGCUAAAUUGGAGACUUGCGACCAAAAGUUUGCUGAAAAGAUUGAUGCUAGUGACGGUGAGGAGAGUGAACAUGACGCUAAUGAUGACUUGGAGAGAGAAACUACUAGUGAAGUAGGGGACACACAAUGUGAUGGAGAAUGAUGACGAGGGAGAAACUCAAAAGAUGAUGGAUCUUCCCUUUUAUUGAUUGUUUUAUUUCUGAGUGUUGUCUUUAUGUGAUUUAUUUAUUUUUGAAACCUAUGUGAUUGUUACAAUAUAUUAUUUAUUUUCGAAACGU